AUGACCUGGGUAGAAGUCCUUCCAGUCGGCGUCGUCAUGUCAGUCGGAGUACUGAUCAUGGCAUACGGCCUUGACAAGUCACACAGAUUGUUCCAUCACGGAAAGCCACACAGACACUCAAAAGAUAGAGUCGAUUAUCAUAUGGACGCUCGUGAUGACAAUAUAUUGAAUUAUAGAUCUGUCAAGAAUGACCCAAGGAAGCUACAGAACUUUAACAAUCAGGCAAAGAUCUAA